AUGAGCCUUCAGCCUAAAGACAUUGUGAUAGACUUAACAAGCUCUUUCACGUUAGCUGUUCACAAUUUUUCUAAUACAAUUAUUGAACUCGACAGCGAUGAGUCCUUUAAUUUAUCUCCUGAUGAAAACUUACCAAAAUCCAAAAAGCCUUCUAAAAGAAAAGCAGACGAAGAGAUAAUGAAGAUGUCACAAGGGUCAUCAAAAAGAUUAUGUAAAGAUAGAACCUCUAGUAAAUUUGGUAACUGUGCCAUAUGUUGGGAUGAAUUGGGCACAAAUCCACUGGCUUCCACCAAGUGUGGUCAUGUAUACUGCCUUAAAUGUUUAGAGCAGUCUUUACAAAUUGAAAAAAGGUGUCCUACUUGCAGAAGUAAACUCACAGGGAAAUUAGCUUAUCACCCAUUAUAUUUAAAUAAA